UCAAGCGGAAUUUUGUGCGGGUCUGGGUUUCCAGUCGGGGCGGUUCGGUUUUGUCAUCCAUGUUCCUGAACUGAAGGCCGAGUAAAACUUUCUCCGUCUGUAGACGAUGUUAAAAAAGGUUAGGUUGGGAAUAUAAACGAUGACGUUUAGUCAGGCACUCCUCAAAGGGAGAUCCGACUUAUCCAAUCUCCACAUCCACAUGACCAAAAUUCAUGGGAAAGAAGAAAGAUCGGAAUCUCCCCCAAGUUAGUUCUACUUCCGACAAGGAGACAAAUGAGCUGAUAAUUUCUACUAACCCCAGAAUGCACUCCAGAACUGGGUUCUUUGAACAAGUUCCAUGGUCAGCAUGCUCUAAGGGAGAAGCAAGAAAAAUAUACCAGGGCAUUUUGAUAACUAGGUAUCAUUUCAAUAGCAUUGUAUUAAAAGCUUCGAGAUGCCAUUCAAUGCAUGGUCUGGUGGUUGCAAUUCAAUGAUUGUUAAAGGUGAUCGGUUCAAUGCAGAGUAAAAAGCAAGUGGGGAACUGUUAUUCUACAAAGGUAUCUCUAACAUCUGAUUAACAGAUGUUACCAACAUUUUAAGAUAGAAGGUUAGAAACAUAUGAAGGGAUCCUAUGAUACUGUUGCUCAUGUUUGAUUUAAGGAUCAUACUAUCUUAUUAUUCUGGUAUAUUAUAUUUUAGUUGGAAAAUAUUAGGUUGAAAUGUGGACUUGCAUCACGCUUGCAACAACCUGAUUUGUUGUAUCUUGCUCAUGAUUUUAAUCCGUGAGAAAGUUCACCUGUUAAUUAAUUUCAUUGCUUAGCCAAUUGAAGAGCUCAUUUCUAUAUCAUAUUCACUUAUUACGAUGGGGCCAUUUUUUUAGUUUUAAAUCUAAUUUUUUACAUCUCUUCUUGCUUC